GGAGAGAGACUGGACUUUCGAAUCGCUUUGCCGUUAAAAGUGAUCGCCAUUACUGUGCGAGUCGUGAUACGUAGCAGCUUCGGACUGACAUCAUUUAAGGAUGGCUCAACUUAAAUUUAAUUUAAACCAUAAUAUAUCCUCGUCCGUGACGUCUCUGAUUGUCCGCCCCAAGUUUAAUGACUUGAAACAAGAUGACACAAGAUUUGCAAACCAUGUGCCGCACUUGCGCCGGCUCCAGCACCAACCUCUUGCCAAUAUUUGGUCACGAUGGAGUGGAGAAAAAGCUUCAAGAUAAGAUCAACAGCCACCUCCCCAUAUUAGUGAUGGAAAAUGAUUUGCUACCAACCAAAAUCUGCUCGAGGUGCAUCUUUAGUCUGGAGGCAAGCAUUGAAUUCAAGAACAUUUGCAAUAAGGCCGACGAAACUCUGAAAAAUAUUCUUGGCGAGCAACAACCGCACUGGAAUGAAAUAACAGACGAAAUUGUGGAUCAUGGCAAAGGAGAUAAUAUGAGUAUUGAGUGGGUCAAAUCUGAAGAUAAGCAAGAAGUUGUAUUUUGCGAGUCGUGCAACAUUUUCUUUGCCAACAUGAACAGUCUGCUCAUUCACAACCAGACGUCGCAUCAGCCUCAAGCGACUCUUAUUAUUCCAACCCUUGAUCCGAUGGAGUCAGUUUUUUACAAUGAGGUGGAAAUCACCAAAAAAACUAAAAAACGUCAAUUGCUGCCAAAAAUCAGUCUGCCCCUGAUGCAGCCUGCCAAGACAUCUGAGCUGACCGUCAUAAAUCCUCCACCUCCGAAAAAACCGAAGUCAGUCUUGCCCCCAAUUAUUAAAUUGUCUCCUACACAGUCAAAAAGGAUCCAGGAAGCUCCAGCACAAAUUCCUGUGAAAAGUACUUCUAAAAUUCUAAGUGGAAAGAGGUUGAACAUUCCAAGCACCCCGAUUAAUUCUGCUGAUGGUGGCGAUCCGUCCCUAGGCCUGUCCGAGUUGGAGAACAAGUCCUUAAUAAUUCCACCUCUCUUUGGUGGGAGAAAGGAAGACGCCUUGGACGUGGCCGUCUUUGUUCCCGAAACGCAGCCGUUUGAGUUAGGCAACCCACUAGAGGAGAGUUUGCCUAUUCAUGUGAACAUUCCUGCCGAGUACUCAUUCCACUGCGACAACUGCAAUCGCGGCUUCAAAAACAAGGCCCUGCUCCGAGACCACAUCAUUCGAAAGUACAUUUUGACGGACGCUGCCGAGUUCAGUCACGAGUGCGAGGAGUGUGGCAAAAAGUUUCCUACCACUUAUAGUCUGAAGGCGCAUCUGAGGAACAAAAGAGCGCGCACCAUCAAGAUUCAGUGCGAUAUUUGCUUAGUCCAGGUGACCAAGAAAGACUGGUCGAACCACUUUGCAGUUCACAAUAAUCACGAGCGCUUCAAAUGCUUGAUCUGCCAACAGACAUUUGGCAGCAGUUCACAACUGAAUCAGCAUUCCAGUGUGCACUCAAACAUGAAGUUCACCUGUGACAUUUGUGACACCGUCUUCAAUAGAAAGUCCAAUCUGCUUAGCCACAGAAAAAUCCACACCGAAGCCCUGACUGAUCAGUUGAAGUGUGAUAUUUGCAACUACCAGAGCAACGACCGCUAUUACAUGAUGCACCACCACAAAGUCCAUUUCAGUACAGAUCUGAACGCCUAUUUCUGCCCCGUCUCAGACUGUUCGUUCAAGUGUGGAGAUUUUCAGGACUUGCUCGUACACAGCACAAGCCACACAAGAGCGGAACUAAAUUUGUACACAAAACGGAAGAAGCGUGGUCAAAGAGUGUCAAAAACUCAAAUUCCACCAUACUUGUGCUCGGUCUGCAAAACAAAUUUCACCAGACCACUCGAGUACAGUUCGCAUGUCAGCCAGGAGCAUGGUGUCGAGCUGAUGGCUGGCGAGGCGAUUUUUACGUGCAACCACUGCCUGGAGUGCUACAGCUCCCUUUUAGAUCUGAACGAGCACCUUGAGAGGCACCCUGAGGCUCACAAGUACCCUUGCUCCAAGUGUCCAAUGACCUUUGCUGUUUUCAACAACCGAAACCAACAUUUGGCAAGUGUUCAUAGCACAAAAUUUGAAUGCGAGAUCUGCCAGAUGUCCUUUAUGACCGUUUUCAAAUUGAAAGAGCACAUGCCGGCACACUCGAACAUCAAACCCUUCAUCUGCACAACAUGCGGAAAAGGAUUCAAAAGGAAGAGAACGCUUGGUGAGCACCAGAAGGUGCACUCUGGUGUGAAGAGGUUUAUAUGUGAGCAUUGCAACUCUCGAUUUAGAUGGAAAGGAGACUUGGUGAGGCACGCAACCAGACACACUGGAAUUAAUUUGUACCACUGUAGCGAGUGCGAGUUCUCGAGCAACAAGAGAAAAGAAGUCGAGGCGCACAUAGGUGAAAAUCACUCUGUCAUUGUAGAUAUGCAGGCUUAAUUUUUUGAUGCUGAAGUAAUUGAAAUGAUUUACUAAGUUUGAAGCUUAUUUAUUGAAAAAAUUUUGUGUGUCAAUUGUAAAUAAAUAUAAGUUAUGAAGUUUGAAGUAAAUGAAAGCCAAA